AGUGCAAAGUAGUUCAAUUAACACCAGAAGGGAGAAAAUUUUGUUGUAUGAAAUUUUGAAGAUAAAAGUAGGGAAAGACAUGGCUGCGUGAUAUACAUUUUUAAUAUCCCCAUCUUAUCCCCACUGUAAUUACGUAAUAUGUCAAGAGUUUGUGGUUAGGAGGGCGUCGCUGAUAACUGCGAUGUCAGUUUUGCGUUAGAAACCCAUCUGCAGUGAUGCAAAGUGAAGAUGUUUACUCGCGAAAAUUUUAUGAUAGGGAAUGGAGAGUUAAGUAGCAGUUCUGUGUGACAGUUCAUAAAGCCAACCGAAUAUUGGGCACGAUAAUUCCUUACGUUAGUGCGUCAUUAACUUGUAUUAUGCGGUUUAACGACAAAGAGUUAGUUGAUGUUGGAACAGGACCAGCGGAAUUAGAAGGUAGACUCAAUCAUCGUCGUGCGACGACCGGCAAUUUUAAUCAGUCAGGUUUCAAAGAACGAUGGUUCAAGCUAAAAUCUAACCUACUGUUUUACUUUCGGAUUAAUGAACUUGGAAAAAUUGAUUAUAAAGAGCCUUUGGGUGUCAUCAUCCUGGAAAACUCAAAUGUCCAGUAUGAACUUAGUACAGGUGUACCAUUUUCAUUUUCAUUGAUAUUUCGUGAUGAUCCAGAGAAAAAGCAUUUCUUUUCUGGCCGAUCUGAGUCCCACGUUAACCAGUGGGUAAUGGCAAUGAAACAUGCAUCGUACGAGUACUGGAGAUCACAGCUAAUACUGCUUCAAACUAAACUCAACAGUUUGACUGGGAAAGACCCAUUGUUGAUGUAUCCUCACAAUGAGGGUGUGGUAAGAGAUAUCCAGGCACCAGGUUCCCCACUUGCAGAAAAAAAGCUGCAUUCAAAAACUGCCAGUUUUCAGAGUCAUAUGCAAAAUGUUGGUAACAAAGCAUUAGAAACUUUCAAAAGUCAUUGUCAGGAUCUCUUUGAAAGUGACAAUGAACAAGAAAAAGCUGUUCAAGAAGUACAAAAUCUAAUUGAACUAUAAGUUACAGAUAUAUUUUACCUCAUACAAUAUUUAUUUUUCAUCCGGUGACUGUAUUUAUAAGUAAGCAGAUUUUGAAUGGAGUACAAUUUCAUCAUUGCAAACAUUAUCAUUUUCAGAAGAUCUCUUGUACACUUGAUUCUCCUUCAUAGCAUUUAAGAUACAUUAUAUCAGCUGAUCUCUUGUAUUUAAUUCUUUAUUAUAAUUGCUAGGGCAGUGAUUGGUCUCAGCAUCUCCUAUACCUUAUUGUAAUUGCUAGGCAAGUUAAGCAGAGCCUGUUCAUUUUGUGAUAAAACUGAUAAAAAGGGAACAAUCAUUUUUGCCUAACAAGUUGCAUUUUACUGGAUGUAAGAAAAUAUAAAUUGUAUGUUACAUAGGAGAAAUAUACACCCACCUGAAAUACACAUCAGUUGCUAGGAAUUUAGGGCCAGGAGACUGAAAGAGGGCAGAGUAUGUUCUCUUUUUAAGAGAUUAACACCUUGGGAAAAUUGGUGAUGGCUGGCUGAGGUGGAGAUUGGAAGAGUGUCAGUGUGAGAGCUGGUGCUAACACAAUGGUGAGGUGUUCAGUAACAAAGUGCCAAAUGUUUCAGUCCUCAUUUUUUUCCAAAUGGUGAAUUGAAAAUGGGGAAAUAUAGCUAUCAGAUUUAUCUACAUUUUAACUGAAAAUUAUGGGGAGACAGGCAUGUAAUUGUCAGCAAUUCAGUGAAGAGCAGAAAAACAUUUGGGAAAGAGUGUGAGCAAAGGUCUGUGAUGUUAAAUUGAAGAAUGUAUUGUUUUAAGUGCACUGUACUAUUUCUGACCAAAUAAUUUAUCUGUCCUAAUAAGAAAGACAUUAAAUAUUUUCACACUUCUGUCACUAUUUGUUUUGGUAAUGAAUAACUUGGGUGAUGCUGAACAUGUGUAGAAAUUAUAUUUCAUAUAGUAUCACAAUUUUGUGUUCCUGCUAUUUAAGUGUCGGUGAGCUGCCUAAUUUAGUACAAUGCUGCAUUGAAUAAGAUGAAGCAACUAGUGUGUCUGAAAAGUGUUUACUAACUUCACACUUGCAGAAUAUGCCUAAUAAUGAUGCAAGGGAGUUGAUGUGUUUGUUACUGUGAUAUUAAGUGAUAGUAUUCUACUUAAUAUGCCAGUUAGUAAUUGCUCAAAGAUAUCAGAUGUUGUUAAUUUUUAAACAUGGAACACCCUACUGACAUCUUUCGAUAUUUUACAUAAUUAUCUGUAAAUUUAGUGUAAAUACAGACUUGCGGCAAAUGAAACAGAGGGAAAUUAUUUAUGUAAUGUAUUUUUGAAAUGAUAAAGUGUAGAAGUUAUAGCCUA